AUGCUGCACAGUGACGCUCCGGCAGUGGCUGCACCCAUCCCAAACUCACGAGGGUGUAGUCUUAAGGGUCCCAGUAGGCGUUCCAUCAGCAGGUCCCACCGGCAACAAAAAGCAGACAUCAACGAGGCCCAGCGUGAAGAACCGGCAGAUAUAAACACUUUAGAGAGUGCUGAAUCACAGCAACAAUGCUUACAGAAAGCACCGGAAAAGGCAGCAGCUCGCUGGACCACAUUUCCGGCCGAGGCCGGCUGGACAAGUGCCGUUCAGCUUGAAGUGCCUCCAGCGGAUAGCAUUAGGCGCUCAGAGAAGCCAAGGGCAAAGCCUGGCACUGUCGCAACUGUGGUGGGCAGUAAGGCGAUUGCAAAAGCUCAUGUCGAGUAUUCGUUCAAUCGGCAGGAGCCCUCGAACAAGAACACACCAGCUUCGUUGCCGGAGGUGGAGGAUGCCGCUGAUCCUCAGUCUGUAGAGAGUGGUGCCUUCGUGCAGCGACAUCGUCAAGUGCAGAGCAGUGAACCUCAUGCUGCUGCAGUGCAUUCCCAUGCUCAACAGACUCCACCUCCCACGCGGCAGGGGUUCAACAACGAGCCUGGCAGAAGGAGGUCAUCCGUAAAUGGCCGACAGCGGAAGGCAGAAUUUCCACACCCGCGAGGGGGAUCUUUGGAUCGAUGGGCUUGGACUCUGGUGGCACUUGCUGCACUGUUGCUGCGCGCACUCAAGGAAGUCUUGGCUAUCUGUCUAUGGCAGGCGCUCCAAGGCUCUCUCCAGCUUAUGAACCAGUUAGGUAGUCGAUGCAGCGUUGGGCUACACUUGACCGCUGCAGGCUUAUUCAGAAGAGCCAGAUUAGGAAGGGGCAGAAUGGUCAUUGCCACAGAUGCACUUGCACGGCUAACACAGAAUUCAGGGGAUCUCAUAAAGCACGGUGCAGCUACUGCCUCUGCCGCGGCAUCCCGCGCCGCGGCAGAGGCAGUAGCUGCACGUGUUGCCGCUGUAAACGCUGCAGCAACGGCGGGAUCCACAUGGAAUAGCCUUGUGAGCGCUCUGUGGCAUGCACCUACUCCGGCGACAAACGCAUCUGAGCCUGCUGGGGCGGACUCGGAAACGACUGAGACGCUGCCAGAAUCGCAGAGAUAUGUGCAGUUGACCCCAGAAGAAGCGCUUGCAACAGCUUGCUCAUUAUGGGCCGCAUUGCAUAACGACGCUCCUUCGAGGCGCGUUGGAGUUCUGCAAUUUCAGGAUUUGCUCCGCCGACGCUUGGAAGCAAGAAACGGAUUUUUGUACCUAAUUCCUGCAGAAAUGUGGGAGGAGCGUGACGGGCACCAAAGGCUGUUAACCGGUACACCCGAAGCAGCAGGGGUGCACUGGAAAGAGCAGAGGUGUGAAGAACCUGUCGAAUGUGAGACUAUUCAAGUGGGGAUUGUGGCUCGCGCAACGCGUUGCGUCCGCUCAACGAUCCGUUCUACGUUUAGCGCCUGUGCCACGCUACUCUCGGUUCUGGCGCAAGAGCUUCACGCGGCUUGCUGGCUUGUUGUAGCUGAAGGCUACCGAUUUGCCAAAUUUUUAGGGAAGGCCACGACUUGGCAGCUUGUGUUUCUGACAUCUCUCGCCCGAUAUAUAGCUUGCGAGGCGACCAAUAAGGCGAAGGCCAUCGUCGCUUGGACCUCUGAGCGUUCCGUUUUUGGCUGCGAUCCUACUUCCUGCAGGACUCACUGCUCUAAAGAGUACAAUGCUAAAUGCUCAGUAGAGUACGACGGCCAAUCUGAUAUUUCUCGCAGUACUGGCUCGUUGGAACACCCCCACUGGGCCUUCAUUGACAGUUGCCUUCCAUACUGCGACCCUAUCCCCAAUAGUGUGCAAUAA